AUGUUAUCAUAUUACAAUCAACUAGGAAUAAAAAGAGAUCAUUUUGAAAUUGAAUCUCCAUUCCCUGAACCUAAUAUCAAGAGGGUUAAACUGACUCCCUAUGGUAAUAACCACACCACAGCGUCACAUCAAAUAUCAUCAUAUAAUAUAAUACCCAAUAGUAAUAACAAUGAAAAUCAUAAUACGCAAAUAGAAAAUAGACCACGACAUCAAACUUCCAUGCUUAUGACACCUUCCCCUAGCCCAUCGCUCUAUAACAGACCUAUAAUUAACAAUAAUAACAACAAAGUUAGUGAUAAUGCUAUUUAUUCUGACGAGCCAUAUUCCGAAGUCGAAGAUUACAUGAUGAAGGGCUACUAUGAAGCAAACGACGUUACUAAUCACUACAGCGUUUAUGACCAAACUAACGAAGAACUUACUAUGCAAAAUAAUGACUGUGAAAUGGAUUUAAAUUGA